CCUCCGCCACCGGUUUGGGCGGGGCUUUCCUGCAACCUUCGCUGCUCCAACAUGGCUUCGCGGCUGUGCAGCAUCUCUGCGGCGGCACGGCGGUGGCUACGGGGUUCGGGUCCCUGCGCCGGGGACCUGACUGCUGCGGCGCGUUUCUAUUCCAAGGACAAUGAAGGCAGCUGGUUCCGCUCCCUCUUCGUCCAUAAGGUGGAUCCUCGGAAAGAUGCCCAUUCCACCCUGCUGUCCAAGAAAGAGACCAGCAACCUCUAUAAGAUCCAGUUCCACAACGUGAAGCCUGAGUGUCUGGAUGCCUACAACAGCCUGACGGAGGCUGUGCUGCCCAAGCUGCACCUGGAUGAGGACUACCCCUGCUCGCUCGUGGGCAACUGGAACACGUGGUAUGGGGAGCAGGACCAGGCAGUGCACCUGUGGCGAUUCUCGGGCGGAUACCCAGCCCUCAUGGACUGUAUGAACAAGCUCAAAAACAACAAGGAGUACCUGGAGUUCCGAAAGGAGCGGAGCCAGAUGCUGCUAUCCAGGAGAAACCAGUUGCUCCUCGAGUUCAGCUUCUGGAAUGAGCCAGAGCCCAGAGCAGGUCCCAACAUUUAUGAACUGAGGACAUACAAGCUCAAGCCAGGAACUAUGAUCGAGUGGGGGAACAACUGGGCUCGGGCCAUCAAGUACCGACAGGAGAACCAGGAGGCGGUGGGCGGCUUCUUCUCACAGAUAGGAGAGCUCUACAUUGUGCACCAUCUCUGGGCCUAUAAAGACCUGCAGUCUCGGGAGGAGACUCGAAAUGCUGCCUGGAGGAAGAGAGGCUGGGAUGAAAAUGUCUACUACACAGUCCCCUUGGUACGACACAUGGAGUCUCGGAUCAUGAUCCCCUUGAAGAUCUCACCUCUGCAGUGAUGCUGCUGAAACCUCCCCCUUUUCCCACUUCUUCUUCAGGGCAACCCCAGACAAGUCUUGGUUUACCUUAGGCUCUUGGGAGGACUCAGAGGCAGUGCUCAGCUCAGAUAAGGGGGAACUGAAGGAUGGCAAGGUUCUGAGGAUAUACACCUCUGCCCAGACUUUUCCUGGCUUCCCCACCUGCCUCCUUCCUCCUGCUGGGAGUAAUUUCUAUUAUCCCUGUAUGAAGAAGAACAAUCUUUUAGGUCUUCUUAAUCUUCUACUAAGAUUCCUCAUCUCCAGGCCACCAGUAGCCAAUAAUCAACACAGAAAUCUUUAAUUUCACUUAGUUGCACAAAAGGUAGCAUGUCUAGUGGUUAGUGAUGGGCUAGGAAGAGAGGCAGUCAAGCCAGGCCCUUGGGAUUUCCCUGGUCUCCAUUGGGCCACCCACUUUGUGGACAGUCUGAGCCUCCUGCAACACAUGGAGUCUUGAUCAUGAUACCCUUGAAGAUCUCACCUCUGCAGUGAUGCUGCUGAAAAGCCUGGAACUGCCACAGAAACCCCUCAAAUUAGCAAGGUCCAAAGGAGGUCUGGACAUAUCACCAGAGAAGCUGGGAAGAGGAAUGAGAGUCAGGAAAGAUUUAGGGGCAGGAAGCAGACAUGUAACAGGAAGCCAGAAGGUAGAACUCAGAAUUUAGAACUUUGGUUUGAACCACAGAAUUUAGGAUGUGGAACACAGAAUUGGGAAGAUAGAAUACAGGUGACAGAAUACCACUUUGGGAGGGUUUCCUAAUACUAAAUAGAUGGA